AUGCACGGACUUUUACUUGCCGCCGGGCUUCUCACCCUGCCCCUUCGCGCUCUUGCGCACCCGGGACAUCAAUCAACAAGCAUCCUCAGCCGACGAGGCGCUGUUGACCUUGAUGCCUAUCGUGUCUCUGCCAAGGCUGAGUACUCAAACGUCAAUGAUGUUGCCGAGAACCCACCUGCCGUGUCACUCAUGAGCUCCGGCAGCUACGUCGAUAUCGCUACUGAGCUCGUCAAGACCACUCUCCCAGGGGUUACCUUCCGUGUCGUUAACGACCACUACGUUGGCACCAACGGCGUUGCUCAUGUUCACUUCCGCCAAACCAUCCACGGAGUGGACGUUGAUAAUGCUGAUUUCAACGUUAACGUCAAAGACGGCAAGGUUUUCUCCUUCGGCAACGGCUUCUACAAGGGAGAGAUUCCAAAAGAGAACCCAAUGGUCAAGCGUGACUUCUCCGAUCCCGUUCACGCUUUGAAGGGAGCUUGCAACGCUCUCAAGAUCCCCAUCAAGACCAACAAGGUCUCCGUUAAGUCCGGCAAGGGACAAGAAUCUGUUGUUUUCAAGGGAACAUCUGGUGCUCUAUCUGAGCCUAAGGGUGAUCUUGUCUACUUCGUUAAGCCAGAUGGCAAGCUGUCUUUGACCUGGAGAGUUGAAACCGACGUUGGUGACAACUGGCUUUCCUCUUAUGUUGAUGCCAAGGACAGCAGCAAGAUCCACGGUGUCACUGACUACGUUGCCGAUGCGACCUUCCAGGUUUACCCUUGGGGACUCAACGACCCAACUGAAGGAUCUCGCCAGACCUUGACGGAUCCUUGGGAGCGAAAUGCAUCCGAGUUCACUUGGCACAGUGAUGGCAAUACCCGAUAUCCAACCACCCGUGGAAAUAACGGAAUUGCCCAAGACAAUCCCAGCGGUGGAACCGGAUACCUCAACAACUACCGCCCACAGAGCAGCGCUCUCAGAUUUGAGUACCCAUACUCCACCAGCAUGAGCCCGCCAACCUCUUACAAAGAUGCUUCCAUCACUCAAUUGUUCUAUACCGCCAACACCUUCCACGACCUUACCUACUUGCUUGGUUUCACUGAGAGAGCUGGCAACUUCGAGGUCAACAACAACAACCAGGGUGGCCGAGGAAAUGACUUUGUCAUCUUGAACGCUCAAGAUGGCUCUGGUGUUAACAAUGCCAACUUCGCUACUCCUCCUGAUGGCCAGCCUGGUCGCAUGCGUAUGUACACCUGGAACAGAUCUCAACCCAACCGUGAUGGCUGCUUUGAAGCCGGUAUUGUCAUCCACGAAUAUGCCCACGGUCUCUCCAACCGUCUCUGCGGUGGACCUGCCAACUCCCGAUGCUUGAGUGCCCUCGAAUCCGGUGGUAUGGGUGAGGGAUGGGGAGACUUCCUUGCCACUGCUAUCCGCUUGAAGGCAAAUGACACCCGCCGCACUUCCUACACCAUGGGCGAGUGGGCCUCCAACCAGCGAGGCGGUAUUCGUCAAUACCCCUACUCCACCAGCACCACCACCAACCCUCUUGUCUACACCACUGUCAACCGAUACAACAGAGUCCACGAUAUCGGAACCGUCUGGGCCACCAUGCUCUACGAAGUCCUAUGGAAUCUCAUUGACAAACACGGCAAGAAUGACGGCCCCCGCCCCGAAUUCCGCAACGGUGUUCCCACUGAUGGCAAGUAUCUGACCAUGAAGCUCGUCAUUGACGGUAUGGCCUUGAUGCCAUGCAACCCCAACUUUGUCCAGGCCCGUGAUGCCAUCAUCGAUGCCGAUGAGGCUCUUACUGGUGGACAGAACAAGUGCGAGAUCUGGGCUGGUUUCGCUAAGCGUCAAUUGGGUACUGGUGCUCGCUAUGGACGCACCAACCGCGUUGGUAGCACCGAGGUUCCAAGCGAGUGCCGAUAG